GUAGAUUUUUGGUUGGAUAAGUAUGCACGCAGUUCAACAUACAUACGAUCUAAAACGACGAUGUUUUGAUCCUUCAGAGCUAAUCUCACCUUCCUUCUUAGCGCCAAAUGUUUCCUAUUUUAUUCCCUUUUUCUCUCUGCUUGUUGAUCACGCUUUUAAUCAAUUCAAAAACUAUUCUCUCUCCUCUUCUUUUUCGCCGUCACGCAGAGUUUCUCCUUCGAUUUCGUUGAUUGAAAUCUCAGUCAUGGCUUCCUCUAUUUUUACGUUAUGCUCUGAUUUUACUAGUAAAGCUUCCAUUGAUGUUAUACUUGCUAAAAUUAAUGCUGAUCAUUCUUCAAUACUCUCUACGUUGAUGAAGGAAUUGUCCAAAGAAGUAGUAGUGGUUGAAGAAGCAUCUGAAUCGGAAUUAAUGUUAAAAGAAGUUAGGAGUGAUGAUGAAGGUUAUGAAAUAUAUAAUGACUAUGCAUUUAGGAAGGGUUUUCGUAUUCCGAAGGGAUUAAUUUGGACUAGCCGUAGAACUGGUUUGUGGAGUAUGCGUAGAUUUGUUUUCUCCAAUGUUGGUUUUAAAUAUGUUAAGAAGGAAACAUCAAGGAAGUAUGAGAGGUCUGAAUUGCGUACAUGUUGUACUGGUUUUGUUCAGUUUUUAUUAUCAAGGACGGUGUUUGAAUGUGGUCAGACAUAACAUGACGCACUAUCAUCUUAUGAUUCUAGCUGACAAGAGAUACUUGAUUAGGUGUCAAAGAGACAUUACAGAGGAGCAGGUGAAGUAUCUUAGUGCAAUAAAAUCUAGUGGUUGCAGGGUGUCUGAUCUGCUUCGUGCAAUGAGAAAAGAGGUUGGAGGAUCUCCUAAUCUAGGGUUUAUUAGUGAUGAUGCAUACAAUGCUUUGGCUGCUUAAAAGGCAAUGAAGCUUGAUGGUAAAGACUGUAAUCAGUUAAUUAGGUACUUUGCUCAAAGACAAGCUUAUGAGAGUGAUUUUAUUACGAAUUUUAGUUAGAUGAACAUGGAUCUCUAAUUAGUUUCUUUUGGAGGAUGGAAGGAUGAAAAGGGAUUAUGAAUAUUUUGGUAAUUUAUAGGUGUUUGAUACGACAUACUGGACAAAUAGGUAUGAAAUGAUUUGUGCACCAUUUGUUGGAACGAAUCAUCAUUGCAAUAAUGUUGUUUUUGGUUUGGGGUUUAUGGUCAAUGAGAGUAUUCCUUCUUUUAUUUGGUUGUUUGAGCGUUCAAUGGGUGGUGGAAAACCCAAAGCUAUAAUGACGGAUCAUGCUCCUGCAGUUGCUGAUGCUAUUAGGGAUGUGUUCACCGGGGCUAGGCAUCGUUUGUGUACGUGGCAUCUUGGAGAGAAUUCAAAGAGAAUAUUGCACCCCGUAGAGCUAUGAAAGGUUUUACUGAGAAGUUGAACAUGGUUUUUUAAACUUGAACAUGAAACUUGAGAAAUUGAA